AUGAGCAACACCGAUAAGAGCUCGUUAUCUAGUGACAUAGAUGCCUGGAUUGGCUUCGCUGCAACGGGAAAUGACUGGGAACUAGAGCAGCUGCGCCAUCUUGUCGGCCAGCAAGACACAUUAGGCCAAACGGCGCUCAUGCACUACGUAAGGAAUGGGUGGUACAAGCGUAUCUACCUUUUCGCUGGGGAGGUGGCUUGUCGGGAUGUCAAUGGAGAUGAUGCCUUGGCACAUGCUAAACGUGUCCACAAUGAGGAGGCCGUUCACCGUAUUGCGAUACUACUCAAGAAUGCACAAAAAGGAAAGGGUCAUUAG